AUUGGUCCAGCAUCUCUGAGCGGAGGAGCAGGGCGCUUAGAACAAGAAAAUGCACGGAAUUAGUUAAUUCCUCAUUAUUUCCACAGAGUUUUUGAUUGCCAUGAAGGAGGAUUGUUACAGAGUGGAUUGUGUUGCGACGCGCUGAAGGGGUCUUGGUGGUUCGUCAAUGAGAAAUGCCGAGUCUUUUUCGCUAUUGGGGUUAACGACGAAAAACACGCAAGAUGAAGAAGCAAUUCAAUCGAAUGCGACAGCUCGCCAACCAAACCGUUGGCAGGGCAGAGAAAACGGAGGUUCUCAGUGACGACCUGCUCCAGGUGGAGAAGCGGCUGGAGCUGGUGAAGCAGGUGUCCCACAGCACCCACAAGAAGCUCACCACCUGUCUGCAGGGCCAGCAGGGAGUGGACGUGGACAAGAAGUCGGUCCGCUCUCCCUCGAAAAAGCUCCCGCUGACCACGCUGGCUCAAUGUCUGGUGGAGGGAGCAGCAGUGCUGGGAGACGACUCUCUGCUGGGGAAGAUGCUGAAGCUGUGUGGGGACUCAGAGGACAGGCUGGCGCAGGAGCUGAUCCUGUUCGAGCUGCAGAUCGAGAGAGACGUCAUCGAGCCACUCUACGUCCUCGCUGAGGUGGAAAUCCCCAACAUUCAGAAGCAGAGGAAACACUUAGCCAAGCUGGUGCUGGACAUGGACUCUGCCCGCACACGGUGGCAUCAGUCCUCUAAGUCCUCUGGUUUGUCCAGUAACCUGCAGCCCUCGGGGGCCAAGGCCGACGCCCUGAGGGAGGAGAUGGAGGAAGCAGCCAAUCGCAUGGAGAUCUGCCGGGAUCAGUUAUCAGCGGAUAUGUACAACUUUGUGGCCAAAGAGAUAGACUAUGCAAACUACUUUCAGAUGCUCAUCGAGGUCCAGGCUGAGUACCACAGGAAGUCCUUAGAGAUCCUGCAGAACAUCCUGCCCCAGAUCAAAGCCCACCAGGAGGCCUGGGUGGAGAAGCCCUGCUAUGGGAAGCCCCUGGAGGAGCACCUGACCAUCAGUGGGAGGGACAUCGCCUUCCCCAUCGAGGCCUGUGUGACCAUGCUGCUGGAGUGUGGCCUACAGGAGGAGGGCCUGUUCAGAGUGGCCCCCUCCGCCUCGAAGCUGAAGAAGUUGAAGGCGUCUCUGGACUGCGGGGUUCUGGACGUGCAGGAGUACUCCGCCGACCCCCACGCCAUCGCUGGGGCUCUGAAGUCGUACCUGCGGGAGCUCCCGGAGCCUCUGAUGACGUUUGAGCUGUAUGAGGAGUGGAUCCAGGCUUCCAACAUUCAGGACCAGGAUAAGAGGCUACAGGCUCUGCUCUCCGCCUGUGAGAAGCUCCCCCCGGCCAACGGUAACAACUUCAACUCGGAUGAGGCGUCGUCCAAUUGGUCGGACUCCUGUUACGUCUACCCUUCCCCCGAGGAAGAGAGACCGCCCCCUCCCUACCCCGCCUCUUUCUGCUCUUCCUCCUCCUCGUCCUCCUCCUGCUACCCCCCUCCCUACCAUCUCUACCCCAAAGCACAGCCCUGCCCCCGACCGGUGGCCCCGGGGCCCGAAUCGGUGCCUCCGGGGCCCUCCCCGCCCUCCUUCUCUGGUUGGGCUGUCCACAGCCCCCCUCUGCCCCCUCCGUUCUCCCCCGGUCAGCAGCUGGACAUCAACUCUAACCCCAAACCCAGCUCCCUACACCUCCCCCAUCAGGGCACCCACUCCGAACCCCCGCAUGCCCUCCCGUCCGAAACUAACGCCUCCCCCCUCUACAUGAAAACCCCCCUGGUGCUAACCCGACACGACCCGUCCCUCGGCGCCCCCCCUAGCCAAACCCCCUCCGCCCCCCAGUGGGUAACCAGUGGCUGUAACCGAGACAGAGGACCCGGCCUGACUAGUACGCUGAAGAACAAGGAGCUGUCUCCCGUGAUUGGCCAGAGGGCUGUCCCGGCUGUGGUUCCCCCGGCCAAUAGCAGCCAGGCUAACGAGCACAGUCCUCAUACCCUACGCAAAGCGAACAAAAAGCUGGCCCCCACCCCGCCCAAGGUGGGCCAGUCCGGGGGGGUGUCGGACCAGUCUACGGGGCAGCCGUCCCCGGGCAGCCUGUCGCCCACCCCCCCCAGCACCCCCUCCCCGUACGGAUUCGGCUGCCCCCAGGGGUACGCCACCAUCGCCUCCCCCGGGACCGCCCCCUCCCUGUCCUCCCCCCCCUCCCUGUCCGGCACCCUCACCAAAUCCCGGCCCACCCCCAAACCGCGGCAGAGGCCCACCCUGCCCCCGCCCCAGCCCCCCGGCACCCCCGGGCUGCCCCCCCAGCCUCUGGAGCAGGCCCUGCUGGACGGACUGUCUGGGGAUAGCAUGUCCACAGAUUCUCUCUUCGACCUGGAGAUCCCCGCCAUCACCGUGGAACUGGAUGGGCUCCCGGGCGGACCCCUGGGGCACGCCGAACGGAACUCUGUGUCGCCGGCGGCCUUCGCCGGCAAGGCCGAGUCCGAGGAGGAGUCCGAGGUCACGGCACUAUGACAUCAUGACCCCGCCCCCGCCCCCUCGUCCAAUGCCUCGCCCCCCGCGACCCCGCGCUCCGCCCCCCAGGCCCCGCCCUCCGGAGAUUUCCUCCGAUCCCCAGCUGUACAUAAAGAGACACAUUACUACUGAGGCGUUGGCACGACUGGGCGACUGGCCCCCUUUCGCCCCGCUGACUGUGAAGAGUCUCCUCUGUGUCGAUUAGGAAACAGGUCAGACACUGCAGGUUAAGAGUGAGUGGGGGAAGGGUGCACAGGAACACUUGAUGUAUAAAAACGAACCUUAAUAAUGAUGCGUUACACUUUGUUUUUGUUUUUUUAACUUGUCUGUUUUUUUUGUCUGUUUUACAAAGUGGUGGCGUGUUAAUUUGUUUUGAAACAAACUCAUUUUUAUUGUGUUAAUUUGUUUUGUGGUUCAUUUGUCAUUUUUGUUAUUUUUUUUAAAGGUUUUUUUUCCUUGCCUUAUUUGUGUUGCGUUUGCAAUUCCGCCUUCAUCUCCACAAAAGAAAAGAACAAAAAAAAAACACUCACUGGAAUCAGGUCAGGUUGGUGAAGUGCAAGUAGAAGCUAAUGUUGGACCCACACUGUACUGGGAUCAGUGAGAUGCAGUCUGUCCUUGCAGGAGAGGGACAGGCUGCACUGUACUGGGAUCAGUGAGAUGCAGUCUGUCCUUGCAGGAGAAGGACCGGCUGCACUGAUCUGGGAUCAGUGAGAUGCAGUCUGUCCUUGCAGGAGAGGGACAGGCUGCACUGUACUGGGAUCAGUG